AUGGGCGCAAGUGAACCUGAUGGCGGCCCAGCCCUGCGGACGGGAAUCUGGGUCGCCGUGGCCCUGGCGACGCUGAUUGUUGUUCUCAGGGUCUUCGCUAAGCUGAAGAUCGGCCAAUUCCGCGUGGAUGACAUCUUGAUGAUCAUUGCUAUGAUUCUGGCGAUCGUCGCAACGGUCUUUUUGACCUUGUCAGUCAGUCAUGGUUUUGGAAAGAACCUGGAGACCGUGCCGCUUAAGGAUAUGGAGGCCGUGUUGAAAGCCAUCGCGAUUGAGGUUCCGAUUGUGACUAUGAGCACGACAAUUGCCCGCUGCUCCUUUAUCAUAUACCUCCUCGCUAUCCUCGGCUCCAACAAAACGUACCGAUUCGCAUUAUGGUUUAUCAUGAUCUGGCAGCUCUCCGGCAACAUCGUCUCCGCUGUGCUCCCUCUUAGCAUCUGUCGUGAUGUCCGGAUUCUCUGGGAUCCGACCGUGAAGACGACGUGCGGUGACAGUAGCGCAGUUAUCAAGUUUGCCUACUACUCCAACACCGUCAACUCAGCCACCGACUUGUUUCUGGCCGUGUUCCCCAUCCCUGUCUUUUGGAAUCUCAACCUGAAAACGCGCGUCAAGCUCGGCUUGAUCGUUCUGCUCAGUCUGGGUCUUGUGGCGAUGGUGGCAUCUAUCGUGAAAACAACGAAACUCAACCAACUCCCCAGCAUCACGAACCUAGGUGCCUCCGGCGGCAUUGAGCUCAUCCGCUGGGGCUACGUGGAAAACGCCGUGAUUAUCAUCACCUCGUCGAUCCCUUGCAUCCGGCCGCUGGUCAUGUCUUCCGUCAAGAAAUUCUCCAGCCACAGCUUCUCCCGUUCGUAUGAACUGCACAACCCCUUUUCUGGGAAUCGUCGCACAGGUGAGAAUGCAACCACUCAGUCGCGCCGUAAAUUAGCGACGAAUAACGAUGCCGAAACGUGUAGUAUUGAGCGUAUUCUAAACCCCUAUUCGCACAACACCGUUAUCGGUAGCCAUCAAACGUCGUCGAAUCGGUCGGAUCAAGGCAUUACGAAGCAGGUUGAGAUGUCGGUUUAUUCGAGUGACGACCCGGCGAGGAGUGUUUGAGAUUCGGAAUAUACCUCUCAGUCUUGUUCAUCCUUGUAGAAUCAAUCAUAAUUAUACCAUGUACGUCUUGAUGUGAACUAGAUAAUAGAACU